AUGCAAAAGAUACCUCAGCUCAAGACAUACUUUGAUGAAAUCGAAGAGACCAACGGUGACGACGAGUGCAGAGCCUGGCUAGACAAAGUCUUCGAUGCCAAGGCCGAACUGGCAACAUUCGUCGCUAGCCGUCGGAAAGGAGGUCCAGCCACAGAAUAUGUCGGCUUUCUCAAGGGCUCCUUCAACUUCAGCUUCCGGUUUAGGUUCGGCGACGGAGGCCCAGACGCAAUUAUUCGAUUCCCAAAGCCCGGACACACGGCUACGGCGCUGAGGGACGAAAAGGUCGCAAACGAGGCCCUGGUCAUGGAAUACAUCAGCCAAAACACCACGAUUCCUGUCCCUCAUAUUCACAGCUGGGGCCUCACCGCAGAGAGUCCGCAGAAGUUUGGCCCGUUUAUCAUAAUGGACUUCGUCGAGGGAACCCUCUUGUCGACGGUCCUCAAACAACCCACCAAGAGCGACCAAGAAGAUCCAAUUUUAAACCCAGACAUUGAUACCAAAGCGUUGGAUACCAUCCAUCUCCAAAUCGCAAGUUACAUUCUUCAGCUCUCUCAACUGCCAUUCACUCGCAUUGGUGCCAUCUCCAAGGAGCACGGUUCAAAUUCGUGGUCAGUCACCAAACGGCCCCUCACAUACAACAUGAAUGAACUGGCAACCGUCUCGGGUUGUCCAGAUGACCGUUUCCCAAAAACAACGUUUAACAGCACAAGCGAUUAUCUCCAAUCCCUCGCCAAGCAGCACCUAGAUCAUGUUUGGGCUCAGCGCAACAUUGCCGACGACCCUGAAAUCGCCCAAGCACGGUUUCUUGCUCGCCGUCAGUUUGCCCGUCUUGUCCCAAAGUGCAGCACUCAUGACACUGGGCCAUUUCUGCUCUUCUGCGACGACAUGCGGCCGUCCAACAUGCUUGUCCAUCCGGAAACCCUGCAAAUAACCGCAGUGCUCGAUUUCGAGUUUACAAAUGCGAUGCCGGCACAGUUCACCUACGACCCGCCGUGGUGGCUGCUGCUAUCUGGUCCAGAGGCGUGGCUCGAUCGCGGCUCUAUAGAGGAAUUCCGCACCCUUUAUACGCCCAGGAUGGAGCAGUUUCUUCGAGCCUUGGAACAGGUAGAAAGCGCGUCCCUAUCUACGGGCACGGAGCCGACUGGACCGCCACUUUCCUCUCGGAUGCGUGAUUCGUGGAGGGAUGGCGGGUUCUGGUUCAACUAUGCAGCGAGAAAGAGCUUUGAGCUGGAUGCCAUUUACUGGGCCGUAUUGCAUCAUGGGAGUGCUGAAUUUUCUCUCCAGGAGGACGUUGCAGAGAUUGACAAGUUUACGCAGACAAAGAUGGCGCAGCUGAAGGCCUACAAAGAGGAGUGUGAUGCUCGUUUGCCUAAGCAAGCGGUUGAGAAUACAUGCUGUCUGUUUGCUUCGAAUGUCUGCGCAAAGACCAAGGAGGGCAGGGUAUUCCUGGUUUGGGCCUGCGGGUGA